GCGACAGUGACGUUUUUAUCUUGCGCCAGAAAUCUGUGUCUAAUUAAAAGUCCUGUCAAAGAUGAACAUUUUCGCUUCGUGUUAUUAUUAUCUGUGCGGUUCGACAUUGAAAGUAACGUUCGUUAUUUUCUCGCACACUCCCUAUAAAUUUGACACUAAAUGAAAUAAUAUGAACUUUAUAAGUAAAAAGUCGUUUAAGAUAUCAGACUCCCCUUUGUAUUUUUAACUUGUUUACGUCGAAGCGUCAGAGCCGCUGUCGAGAGGAGAAGCCUGUGAGCGGAUGAAUGCCAAAGCCUGUGAUAUUACCGUCGCCAAAAGGACUCCAUGUCUUUCUUGGACUGUUCCUGCAUCUCCCACGCUCAGGUCCAGCCUAUGGACAUAGAGGAGCACUAUGAGGACACCAGCCACCAGUUCCUGAGUUCUGACGGUUCCGAAUACACUCUGCAAGGGCCAGCGGGUGGUGAUGACAUCACAGGGUUGUCAGCUGAGCCCGCCCACUACCAGCUAUUGGCAGAGCUGGGGAGGGGCUUCAAUAACCUGAGCCAGGUGAUCAUGGCACGCCACGUCCCCACCGGCCAGCUGGUGGCAGUCAAACAAACCAACCUGGACGAGUGCACGGAGGAGGAGCUGCUGCAGCUCAUGAACGAAGUUCUGCUGUCGAGGCUGUUCCGUCACUCCAACCUGCUGACCUCUCGACUGGUCUUCAGCUCCUGCUGCCAGCUUUGGGUCCUGACGCCGCUCAUGGCCUAUGGCUCUGCAGACACCUUACUAAGGACAUAUUUCCCAGAUGGGAUGAGUGAGUCCCUAAUAGCGUACCUGCUGUACGGUGUACUGAAGGCAUUGGAAUACUUACACCGGAUGGGCUACGUUCACCGGGGAGUGAAGGCCAGUCAUAUCCUGCUGUCAGGAGAGGGGCGUGUCUACCUCUCAGGGCUCCACAGUGUUUACAGUAUGAUGCGUGAGGGGAAGAGGAUGCGGGCAGUGUUCGACAUGCCCCAUCACAGCCCCGCCCUGCUGCCCUGGCUCAGCCCCGAACUACUGCGACAGGACCUGCACGGUUACGGAGUGAAGUCGGAUAUCUACAGUUUGGGCAUUGUGGCCUGUGAGCUGGUCAGCGGCAGGGUGCCUUUCCAGGACAUGCCACCCACUCAGAUGCUGCUCCAGAAGCUGCGUGGCUCUCACUGCUGCCUGCUGGACGUGGCUCCUUUCCCGCUGGGUGAACUCGGGGGGCUGAAGGUUUCACGCUCAGGGGUGGACUCUGGCAUUGGGGAGAGCGUGGCCACCGGGAGCCUGACACACAGCGCCACCGCCCCUCCCACCGACCGACCUCAGAGCCCUGGACCUAAAAACCACUCGGCCACCCUGCACAACCUGGUCCAGCUGUGUCUGCAGCAGCAGCCCGAGCGCAGACCAUCAGCAUCUGCACUGUUGACCCACGCCUUCUUCAAGCAGGUGAAGAGGCAUACCCGAGACUCCUUCCUCAGCCUCAUGUACCCAGCGGCGCCCCUCACCAGCCCCGAGGACCCUCCCGUAUCCUGCCCUCCCGGCCCGUCCUGCCACGCUCCGACUCCAACCACCGCCGAUGCCACCGAGGCCGUGUGGGACUUCUCCUAACCCCCCCACCCCCCACCUCCCCUCCCACUCUCUUUCCCAAAAUCUCCAAAUCCUGACUAGCAAGCCAAACACAAGACAAUCAAAGCAAAGCAAUGAGGCCAAAUUCUACUGUGCUUUUAUUUUUGUUAUUAUUAACCCGACUCUCUGAGCCUUUUUUAAGUAGUUUUGUAGUUUUUUUAAAAUACGUUUGUCUGAUGCAAAUGUAGAUUUUGGGUCAUGGGUCGGCGAGGCGACUGUGAAAGUGCUGGAUCAAAGAAGCUGCUCUGAUGAAGAUCCGUAAUAAUAAUAAUAAUAAUAAUGGACAAGGACAAAAAUCAAAUCAGCUGAUUAAUAAUCACACACUUCCUCUGAGGUAAAAGGCAACUAUGAGUUAAAGGUGCAGUGUGUAGAAUUUAGUGGCAUCCAGUAGAACGUUCAUAAGUAUGUUUUAAUUAGUUUUUAAU